AUGAAAAGUGCAGAUCGUCUCAAUGAUCAAAGCAUGACCAUUUCCAUGAAAACCAGAGACCCUCUGGAGGGUGAAGAGGUGCCGAGUCGCAAACGCAAAGCACACUCUAAGUCAAGACUCGGCUGUCGCAAUUGCAAGCUUCGCCGGGUCAAAUGCGACGAGAAGAAGCCCGAGUGCAGAAAGUGUAUCGAUUUCGGGGUUAUAUGUAACUAUGGUCCGGACGUACCUGACCUCGAGCCGCGGGCUGGUGUUCGAGAGGUCGGCUGCAUCAAUGAUGCCACCCUUGAGAAAUCCACUCUGUCAGGAAACGGACCCAUUCUCGAAACCAUCAACGCGUCCCUCCAAAUGGACACGAGCCCUGCCAUGUCCAGCAUAUACGCGACGGGCCAGUUUGACUACUCCGACCUGGCUCGGAUGUAUAGAUUCCAAACACGGACGGUUCUCAGUCUCGGCACCAGGGGGACAUGCUAUCACUUUCAAAAGGAAAUAGUCGAGGUCGCCUGUCAACAUCGGUUUGUCAUGCACAUUAUCCAAACAAUGACCAUGGCCCAGGAUCGGUACCUAAUGGGACUGGCGACUUCCAAACGCAGCCCGACAGAGCUGUACCACAUGACCCAAGGGGUGAGCGCGUUGCAGUAUAAGCUCUCAAACCCUGUACGAGAUGAAGACCGCGACGCACUGAUUGUAGCCGCGACUCUACUUGGCGUCAUCACCUUUGCUCUCCUAGAGGCAACCUCGAUAGAGGAGAUCUGGCCUCUGGGGGAUGGCGACUUUAACUGGUUGAACCUGAGUGACGGGAAAAAAGCUGUGUGGAGGCUGGCCAACCCACUCCGGACAGGUAGUGUCUUUCGAGCCCUGGGCCACCUAUAUUCCCGGAACCACAUCGAAGACAUUGAGGCCAGAGAACGCAGACCUUGUGUGUUCGACCACCUCUGUGAAGAUGAUCCAGAUGGUGGUGAGGAUAUUCUCGCACCAGCAAGGGUCAACCCCUACCGCAGAACCGUACGAUAUAUGGCAACCGUGCUUCACCUCGAUUGUGAUGACUCUACCUGGUUCAAGUUCCUCGCCUUCAUUGGCUACGUUGACCCAGGUUUCAAAGCGUUGCUUGAGAUGAAAGAUCCAUGGGCCAUGCUCAUGCUUGCAUACUGGUUCGCCAAAAUAUGUCGGGGACGGUGGUGGAAUUCUGCUCGAGCCAUCCUUCAAGGGCAGGCAAUAUGUCUAUACCUGGAACGACAUCAUGCCUACGAUGCCCGGUUACAGGAAGCCAUCCGGUAUCCCAAAGAGGAGCUGCAUCUCGCAGAAAGGGAGGGAUGGGGAGGGUUUUGUACCGCCAAGAACAACCUGAAGGAAUGGUAG